AUGAGCAAGCGUUCAUACCAAGAGUCAUUCUCGCCCGGCUCAGCGCCGCCGGAGCAUAUCGAUAACAGUCAUAAUGGUCUAUUACCGAUCAAUGACCUCCUCUCACCCACUCCUGAACAACCACAAUCGGGAGCUUCCAGCAAAAAGCCCCGGAAUUUUAUUGCCACUGUAGCAUGCGAAACAUGCAGGCUCAAAAAGACGAGAUGCGACGAGUCCCGACCAAAAUGUGGUCUGUGUAAGUCACUAGGUCUGGAGUGUGUCUACAAUGAGCGCAAAUCCUCCAAGCGAGAUCAUUCUCUUAGUUUGAUCAUGAGCACUCUCCAUCGAAUGGAAACCAAACUAGAAAAGCUUCCAUCAUCCAUCUGUAAUGAUUUACAGUCGCGUCCGAGGCACAUGCGAAGCAUUGAAAGUCCGUUGGAGACGAGUACUCUAGGCCGCAGUAGUCAGAGUAUCAACAUCCGAACGCCUGUUGCGAAUCCCUUGGCGCAGGGCCUGACGCCCGACGCUGUAGAACAUGACGAUUUUGAGUUUGAUGAGCGCCGAAAUACGACGAAUUCGAAUGGGCUGGUCUCAAUCUCUUUCAGUCAGCACGGAGUUAUUCUCUGGCCAGGAGCUCGGGAUAUUCUUCCCAAGAGAUUACUCGAAGCCCACGAGAGGCUAGGGAAGAACUACGUUAUUGACAUGGAAGUCAAGAGGCCCCGACUCCCAAUGUACAUCUGUCCAUUCCCACCGCAGGCUGGCGAUGACUGGUUAGAGGCACUUCCACUGGCGAUGAUCAAAGGUCUUUCUGAUGCAUUCUUCGUCACAUUUAACCCUUUCACACCAAUCAUGGAUAAGAGUUUCUAUUUUGCAUUCACGAUCUGGGCAGCGAUUGAGAGUGGAUUCGGCUACACAAUGGAAAGCUGCCUGGUUCUAAACGUUUUGGCUUUGGGCUGUCAUGCUGUCCAGGCUCAUCAAGAAGGAAAUUACCCGCUACCCGGUACUCGAAGCACUCGUUUUGAACCACCAGACUGGAUGACGGUGAUCCAUGAGGAACCGCUCGGCUUACGCUUUUUCAAUGAGGCACGCCGACGCGUUGGUUUCUUGAUGUGCGAUAACGACCUCCCAAGUUGUCAAUUCUAUAUGUUGUCAUCGGUCUAUUACAGCCAAAUCCUCCGCCCGAUGGAUUCGUGGGCUAUGAUCCACCGCGCUGCUACUUGUUGUCUUCAAAUGUUGACCAAUCACGACGUCAAUUUCGAUGAAUGGGAGGGCGAUAUGAAAUCCCGCGUAUACUGGAAUUGCUUAAUGAACGAGACCAUCCUAGUGCAAGAACUACAUCUCCCUCCCAGCGGCCUCGCCCGACUUGAAGAAUUCGUGCCCAUACCGAAAUUCAUCAGCUUCGAAACUGUCAGCUUCGUGCCCCCUCGGUCCUCCUCAGAAGAGCUAGAUGACUCCUUCUUUCAAUAUCACUUCCUCGCGCAGGUCGCUCACCGUAUCAUCCUCACCCGAAUCCGACACUCAUUAUACUUCUACUCCGACUCAGGAACUUUCCCACUCCCAGCCAUCAACACAGAGCUCCAACACCAACUAGAACAAUGGCGUCUCAACCUCCCGCCUGCCAUCCAAUUCCAAGAUACCCACGCAACGGCAACGACCCCAGCAAACCCCACCACUAGCACAACCCCCAUUGCAUCUCCUACCACUCCAAUCUCUCCCCCCCCUCUAGACCCUAACCGUCCCCUCUCCCCCGCCGCCGCCGUCUCAGAGGCAAUGCUCCGCGGCCGUUACAUGAUCGCUAAGUUCCAUAUCGGCCGUCCAUACCUCUACAAAGCCCUCCGCAUCCCCGCCUCCCUCUCAGAAGACGACCUCGAACAACUCCGCAGCGGCCUCCAACACGCCAUGAACUGGCCCGUCACCAGCGGCAUUUUUCAAACUAUGAAAAGCUGUAUUCCGAUCAAGUUUGCUUUUUGUUCUCAAUUCUUCGGCCAAGUCCUCCUCUUCUAUUGUAUCUCUAAUUCCCCCGAUCCCCGUAUCCGCAGCACACUUCCUCAGGACUGGGAACAAUGGAGCCAGGAGAUGAUACAGUUCUUGGAAGAGUGUGCCCCUUUUAGUCCUGCCGUUGCGAAAGAUUUGGAGCUGUUGAGGCUUUUAUGA